AUCGCAUUCAUCACAUGCAGGCACUUGUACGCUAUUCACAUGACAUGGCAUCACGCACACACGGCCACGGCCACGGUCACAACACACACGCACACAAGCUAUACGAACCAAUCAAUCAUCCUUCCUUCAGUCAGUCAGUCAGCCACCUUGACCGAUCGAUCUGCCUACACGUCACACGCACACACAUCACUCACGAGAUGAGACACGCAUCGCAUCCUCACACCAAAACGGACCCAACCAACCCCCGCCCCGCCCUCCCAUCCGACGCACCCCCAUCCAUCCAUCAUAUCCAUUUAUUCCUUCAAGCAUUCCUCCCGCCCUCCCUCUCCCUCUCCCUGUCGUCCUCCUUGACGGGCGGCGGGGGGAUGACGCCCGCAGACGAGGAGCGUCCGAGCGUGGCGGCCAUCCCUCCGACAGGCGUGUCCCUGCCGCCUCCUGCCGACGACCAGGUGGACCCCAGCUGUGUGGAGGUAAGGGUGGAGGAGAGUGAGGGCCGCAGCGGCAGGAGGGGGCCGUGGCCGUGGCCGCCCGUUGAGUGUGCGGGGGUGCUGGUGUUGUUGGUGUGUGAGGAGGGGGGCGGGCCGCGCUCCUUGAUGAUCUUGAAGUACACGUGCAGGGCGUACUCGCGCACUAUCAUGUCGCCCUCCUCGCUGCGCACCUCGUUGCUGACACACACCACACCAACGACCACAUAGACAGUGGAUGGGGUGUGGUGCGUUGUGUUGUUUGUCUGGUGAAGGUCGCUCCCUGCCUCGCUCGCUCACUCACUCACCACUUGUUGCAUUUGAAUCGUCUGGGGUAGUUGAUGUUGGCGCACUUGCCGCACUCCCAGUUGCCGUUCUCGCGCUUGACCAACACGGGACGCUCGCGACCCCUCGACGGCAGGGCCUGGGCAGCCAAAGGGUCGCCGUAGAUCUUGAGGAACGAACUGUCCGUCGACACACACACACACACACACACACAGGCAUACAUCCAGACAGACACCUGUGGCCGGUGGGUGGGUGGGAUGGACAGCGAAUGGUGGUGUGUGUCGCAAAGACCCACCUGGCGUUUUUAAACUCGUCUGGGUGUGCGAUGAUGUAUGGGUGAGGCAUCACGGGCGGAAUCGUGCCGUCACCCACACGUGGAACUGACACAACACAACACAACACAACACAACACCCUGCAGAGUGCCAAUCUCUGUUGUCUCUUCGUUCCUCCCUUACGGCCAAAUAAGUCGCAGCACAGCGCCCGGAUCUCCCCGACGAGCGGGUCGUCCACACUCCCCUGGAUGCUGCUGCCCAUGUGGUCCCGCAGCCACUCCAACACAUCAAACACCUGACGCCGGCCGCCCUCCUCCUCACGCACCACAGACACUCCCGCACCAGCCAUACCAGCCGACAUGCUGGCGGCAGUCGCCAGCGCCGCAGCAGUGGCGGCAGCCACGUGCUGAUGGGCGAGGGGGUGUGCGUAGGGCAUCGUGUGCGUGUGUGGGUGGCUGUGGGUGUGGGUGUGGCUGUGGGCGUGUGCGUGUCCGGGGUGGGUGUAGAAGGGCAUGUUGUAGGGGCUGAUGGGGAAUGGUGGCGGUGUGAUGCUGGUGCUGGCGUGGACCGAUGGGGACGGCGCUGGGGGCGGGGGCGGCGACGUGCGGCAGGGGGGAGGCAGUGGGGGGUAGGGCGGCGGCGAAUAGAUCGCAGCUGAAGCCAACCACACCACACCAGACCAGACCAGACAGAAGGAAGGACAGAUGCAGAUUAGAUUGCAUGUCGGGUCGGUGGAUGGGAUGGAUGGAUGGAUGGAUGGAGGGUACGGUACCUACCACUGUUCAUGUGUGGGGUGGGUGCCGGUCCAGCGGUUGAGGGCGACAGCCUCGGCAAAUCUCCAUCACCUAAUUCGAUUCGCAUCACACAACACAUGGACAGACAGACAGACAGACAGACAUGCUACCAAGGUCAGUCAAGAGCAUUCUGCACGUCUCGUGUUGUGUUGUGUGGACGGACCUUUUCGCGUCGGGCUGAGCUCCUGUGGCGACGAGUAUGGGCCCGUGGGUCCGGCGCUGAGGGCCCCCAUCGCUAUCGUCGAGGGGUAGUGGUGCGCAGCAUAAUACUGCGACAGACGCCUACAGACACAGACAGACACCCGAGCCCACCCACCCAUGCCACAGAUGGGAUGGAUGUGCGGACGGGAGGUCCGUGUGUGCGUGUGCGUACGUCGAGAACUCCUGUAGGUACUGCGGGUGGAAGUAUCCGUAAGUCUGGGGCGAGGUGAAGGGGUUGUGGCUGUCCUGACCACCUGCCGCUGUUGCUGGGGCCUCGGACGUCGCGCCAACCUGGUAGCCUGGCAAGGGGAGCGACGAACCUACCAGACCAUGACCAGGAUACGUGGAAUGCCCUGACACACACACACACACAGAGGGAAUCAGCCACACACGAUCUAUCGUCCUCCUGCCACCGCACAGUGCCACGCACCGCAAGCGACCUGUAGCGUAAGUGGGGUAGUAGCCGACGGUGGGAUGGCCACCCGAGCGGCCAGCAGUCACAGUCAGAGGCAGUGGGGUGGCCGAGGGCGGCGGUGGUGGCGGAGGCGACCGACACAGAGGAACAGCUGACACACACAAGCAACACACACAAGCAGACAGAGAGACGGGAGACAGACAACGCGACAGUCACACACAAACAAGGUGGUGUACAAUGCAAGGUGGCCCGUGUGUGUGAUCUUUUGCCUACACGGCGCACUCUUGCUCGACGAAGGGUCCAUCGCUGCAAGGCAGCUGGCGAAGCAGCGGGAACACGCGGUCUUGUCUCGCCCAGUAGAAGCAAGCAGCGCCAGUCAGGGAAAGCGCUCAAAGAGCUCGGCGCGCUGCCGUUGAUGCCUUUCAAAGGGGUUUCUUGGCCGUCAGUCACGUCAGAAGCCAGGCAAGUGAAGUGAAGCAGACAGGAAGAUCAGUCAAGCAAAGCGACGCAAGUAAAGGGAGGGAGGGCGGCAAGCUGCAGGUCUGUCUGUAGGUCACCUGGAAGUACGCAAGACCUGGAGGCCAGACCUUCGCACCUCUGUUGCCUUUUGCAAACAAACCCAAACCCUGG